GCUAGCAUAGAAGCUAGCAUAACCUAGCAUUUCUAAUCUUCAUAGUUUCAUAACCGAGUAAUUCUGUUCUUGAGCAAUGGCUAACACCAUUGCAGUUUUCUCUUUGCUUUUAACUCUGAGUACUACUUUCUCUCUUCUUCUUCUUCUUCCUCAUUGCAUUGAUGCUCAGCCCCUUAAGGUUUGCAAUUUUGAUGCAAUAUAUCAACUCGGGGACUCGCUCUCUGACACUGGCAAUUUAAUUCGUGAGGUCCCAACUUCGACUUGUGCUCGGCUUCCUUAUGGCCAAAACUUUCUCAACAAUGCCACUGGGCGGUGCUCCAAUGGGAUGCUAAUGAUUGAUUAUUUUGCUCAAGCAGCUGGACUUCCUUUUCUCCCUCCCUACUUGGAUCGGAACACAUCGGUUAAUGGCAGUCAUGGGAAGAAUUUUGCAGUAGCUGGUGCAGCUGCUUUGCCCACAGAGGUUCUUGUAAAAAAGAAUAUUUCAGUUGUAGCUACUAAUAGCUCUCUCAAUGUUCAACUGGAUUGGAUGUCCACAUAUUUCAAUGGGAUCUGUCUCAAUGGUGAAGAUUGUGCUGAGAAGCUUAAAACAGCCCUAUUCAUGGUUGGAGAAAUUGGAGGGAAUGAUUUUAACUUUGCAUUGGUUCAAGGCAAACCAAUUGAGGAGCUUAGAAACCUGGUUCCAGAAGUUGUCAAAGCAAUAAAGGAUGCUGUUACAAGGAUCAUUGGUUAUGGUGCUACCCGAGUGGCUGUCCCUGGUAACUUCCCAAUAGGCUGUUUACCAAUCUUUCUUACAGCAUUACAGACCAACAAUUCUGCAGCUUAUGACGAAUUUCAUUGCCUGAAGGAAAUGAACGAUUUCGCAAUAUAUUACAAUGAUCAACUCAAACAAGCCCUUGAAGGAUUGAGAAAAGAAAAUCCUAAAGUUGCUGUAGCAUAUGGUGAUUAUUACAAUGCUUUCCAAUCGGUUUACCGUAAUGCUUCACUUCUUGGAUUUGAUAUUGAAUCUUUGCAAAAAGCUUGCUGUGGUGCUGGAGGUGAUUAUGACUUUACACUAAGAAAAGGGUGUGGAGAUCCAGAUGUACCAGUUUGUCCAAAUCCAGAUAAACGCAUCAUCUGGGAUGGAGUUCAUUUGACACAACAGGCGUACAAGUAUAUUUCUGACUGGCUCAUCCGUGACAUCUUGCCCAACCUUCAUUGCUAAUUUUAAUUUGGUUUAGUUUUGUGAGGCUUGCAUAGAGUUAGCAAGUAAUAAAGUUCUUAUAUGGUUCUUUUAGAGAGUUUUAUAAUUUCGAGUUCUGUUUGUUUGAAUAAUGUUGAUAUACAAUUAAAUUAAGCAUUAAAGUGCAGUAAUUACAAAAUUCACUUUGAGCAUUGCGACUGUAAUAGAGCAAGGAAAUUAAUCAAAUUCACUUUCCCUAUUUA